AUGCGCUACCCCAGUGUCUCCUUGUGUGGGUUCCUGUGGGCCUGGCUGCCCCUCCUCUACAGCCGGCCGGUGAAGAUCGACAAGGUCAUCGCCGACACCAAAAGCCUCACCAAGACCAUCGUGGCCCGGAUCCAGGAGCACCAGUUCCCUCCGCUGAGCCUGAGGGUGCACGGGCUGGACUUCAUUCCGGGGGAGCUUCCGUCGGAGAGCCUGGAAGCCAUGGACGCCACGCUGGGGGUCUUCCACCAGGUCCUCUCCAGCCUGCCCUGGGAGGCGCCGGUGGCCCAGAUCGGCAACGACGUGGAGAACCUGCGGAGCCUGCUGGCCCUGCUGGGCGCCCACCUGGGCUGCCCGCUCCAGAGGGGCCCGCCGGCCGAGGGCCUGGGCAACCUGACAGAGCUGCUGGCCGUCUCCCCUUACACCACCUCCCUGGUGGCCUUGGACCGGCUGCGGAAGUGCCUCCUGGACAUGGCACGGCUCCUGGACCGCCUCCAGAACUGCUAG